UUCCUUCCUGUAAAGUCCAUGUUUACUGGCAGAUUGUUGUUCACUGUAUUUUCAUCUUGAGCGACCGCUCCUGACACGCCACAACUGAUUGGUCGCGACGGCAGCGGACAUUUUCCUAAGCCAAUCAUCUGUCGUCUUCUGGCCAAGGUGCUCCGAACACUGUGAUGUUUCUCCCGCCCACACCAGGGAGCGGCGUCCCUGAUUGGCUGAAAGUUUCAGACUUGUACUUUGAACAAUGUGACAUUUCCUCAUUAUGACUCUAAAGGGAGGGCAGCUGCAGAGACUUUCCUCCACGGUCCUGUCAAGAGAAAAGGAACAUGGCUGAUGGUGAAAAGGAGAGCGGUGGUGACACUGUGGAUGCCUUAAAGUGGUUUUCAAAGAGGUCGGAUGGAGCGGCCACAGGCAGCAAUAAGACGUAUGAUGAAGUGGACUCUACCCCCAGCAGUAAAGGCAGUACAGCUGCAGGCUCAGACCCCUACCGCUACAAGAUGGACUAUCCCAGCAUUGGAACCUGUGUGAUCAUCAACAAUAAGAACUUCGACAAGAUGAGUUAUCGUGACGGGACGGAUGUCGAUGCUGCCUUUGCUAUGAAGACCUUCUCUGAGCUGGGUUAUAAACUCAGAGUGGCCAAUGACCAGACUGUGAGGCAGAUGAAACAUCUUCUGACGAGCGUAUCUGAGGAGGACCACAGUAGUAGUGCAUCGUUUGUGUGUGUGUUGCUGAGUCAUGGAGAGGAGGGGGUGAUUUAUGGCACAGACGGCUGUGAGAGGUUGGAGAACUUGACGAGAAACUUUAAAGGGGAUGGCUGCAGAAGUCUCCUUGGCAAACCGAAGCUCUUCUUCAUACAGGCGUGUCGUGGUUCAGCCCUGGAUGACGGAGCCAUGAUCGAGACGGACAGUGUAGAUGAGCAAACAUCAGAGAGGAUUCCUGUGGAGGCAGAUUUCCUGUACGCUUAUUCCACUGCUCCAGGUUACUACUCAUGGAGAAACACGUCCAACGGCUCCUGGUUCAUGCAGUCGUUGUGUGAGAUGUUGGUGCAUUACAAGGGAGAGCUGGAGCUGAUGCAGAUCAUGACACGAGUCAACCGCAAGGUGGCACUACACUUUGAGUCUUCCUCCAACGUACCUGGAUCUAACAGCAAGAAGCAGAUCCCCUGUAUUGUAUCGAUGUUGACCAAAGACUUGUACUUUCCUCAAUAGAAUGAAAUACUCUUCUUGUUUAUCCUGUAGGAAAUAGAGUCAAAUGGGACUUUGCUGAAUUUACACAUUUCUCUUCUCAUUUCUCUAUUUUACUGUCAAAGAUAUUUGCACAAACGAUUUGUGGUGCACUGUGUGGGCCUGUUUUAAUGUCACUGCAAGCAGAACCCAAAUGCACCAACAGCAUGAGGAUAAAAGGGAACAUGUUAGUUUGAUUAUUGUUAAAUCUUGAUCAUUAUUUCUUAGACAUUUUUGUCCUUUUGUAUUUCUUUGUGUUGGCUCCUUCAGAAAAGCUGAACCAGUUUUUUAGUGAAGCAUGUUGCAAUAAUUUCUACAGAUGCAUCUUAAAAAAGCCACUUUCACUUAUACCAACACAUUAGCAUUAGCGUUUAAAUUCAGUACAUACAUAUUUGCAGUUUGUUUUUUAUGUUGGUAAAAAUAAAGGGUAUUCACAUGUAACACAAUACUGUAAAUCAAUGUGACUGUCCUUUGUAGUGAGUUUGAAAGCCGGCAGACAUAUGAAAAUGAAUCUUUUAUUUUGAUCAGUGUUUCUUCAAAACUUUAGUAAUGUUCAAGUAGAAGAGUGAUGAUUGUAACUGUUCUAAAUCUGAGCUGAGCAACCAGUAAGAGUGACAUUACUGUAUUA